AGUACCACUCUACACGCUGCGGCAUUCGAACAGAGUUUGGUCCGCGCGUUCUACUUUAUUCGGGAAAUUUCAUUCCUCUUGUGGAUUCCGGGAAGACACUCCCGCAUCGGAAUGUUUCCCUUGUUCCGCUCACUUGUGAGAGCGCCGAAAGUUCUUGCAAUAGCGGCGCAAAGGUCCCAUAGAUGCCUUGCGUUGACACCCAAGCUCCUAGAUGUACCUGAGGGAAAGCCAGCCCAUCCGGAAUAUCCGGCUCCCUCGAGAGGAUCAUUUCCGUUCGCUAGAACGAUGGACGACUUUAGAGCUACCCUUGAGGAGGAGUUGGACGGUACCAGCAAUCACAAUCUUGUGAGAUACAUGAAACACUACAGGUUCUUGAGUCAAGAUGCGACGCUCGCCCCCACGGAAGAUCCAGCCUUCCAGAAACUCGCCGGGACUAUCCUGAUCCGACUGCGUCAUUUCGAUCUGGAUGAAUGCGUGGAACUCGUCAGGAUCGCCGGUCUAUUGCACCUCGAAGCCUCCAGCGCUCUCGUCCAAGGAAUCUUCCAGAUGUUGAGAAAAUAUAUCAGCGAUAUAGACUGCCAACAAGCCGCCCAGAUCUCGCUCGCCAUCGACUUGCUUGGUGAUCGGUCAGUUCUGACGGACACCCUUCAUUCAUCCUUACCAUUGAUUUUCGACAACAGAAUCCUCCGAGAGCUGGAUGAAGACAAUCCGCAAGCAUGUUUCGAGGCAGCGAAGUUUUGUCUGCAGAACGAUGUUAGCAGAGAAACGCGAGAGUUCGUGCUCGAGAAGACUUCAAGGCUCAUGGGAGCUUGUCCACCCCGCCUAGCGGCUCGGAUGGUCGCGAACGCCGCAUACGGAUCCAGAUCAUCGGAACGGAAACCGGAUGGAAUAAUGAGCAAAGCAGUCCGGGACCAUCUCGUCAGAUGCUUCCGGAUUAUCGCGACUCACCUGCAGGAAUUCGACGAGAAAUCGAUUCGACGACUAGCAGCAGCAUACAGAAGCCUUCCACUGUAUUGUGAUGAGUUCCACAAUGCUUACCGGCGACACGCCUCGCCGGAAAAUCUCAACGAGAUAGUUCGAUUGAACGAAAUGGACGCGACUAAAAAUUGCUUAUCGAGGAACAGUGUCGAAACUCUCAGGGAUCAACUCCUUAUGCAUAGAGAGGAGAUUCCUGGAAUCCGUUUUGGCUUUUCGAGUGUCUGCUCAGCUCUCGCGAGGCUAGCUGUUAACACUACGGAGCCUGAUCCCAAACUGCGAGAGCUCGCUCUUCUGCUGGCCGAAGUCCCCCAUGGGAUUGAUCACCUGAGGAAGAAUCACGUAUCUUUCACAAAAUAUCUGCUGUAUAUGGCCGUUCUCGACGUCUACCCCGAGAGAGAACUCGACGCGUUCUUUCAAGAAGAACAUCAGCUGCUGUUCAAAAAUUUGAAUAGAGCUCUCGCCUCUGAGCUCCUGCUCCUGGAGCAAUGCCUUCGUUUACGUUUCGGUGAGAACUCGCCGUAUCAACUUCUUCCGGACUUGAAAUCAGCGGCUCUGACGGGGGCUAUGGCAGAAAACGAUGACGAAGUGACCAAUGCUCUGCAGAUGGGCCUUGGUGGAGAACAGUUCCUGUUGAGAAACGUGGUGACGCCUUUCGGAACGAUCGCCGAUCUCGCGAUCGCCAUGAGACAAGGCGAGUAUCCGAUCGCUCUGUCCGAGGAGGAAAACCCUUUCGAGGGUCUUCCGAAGGACUGCAAAGUGGUGGCAAUAAUUCGGGUCAACAGCCGUCAAGGUUUUGACGAACGGAAAUCCCUAAAAAUGGUCCGGUCGGCCUUGAAAGAACGCUUCCUCCGCCUUCAGAACAUCCACCCUGUACCAAUCUAUAUGCAUGAAUGGGCUGAGAUGGCACCGUACGAAAGAAUCCCAUCUAUCAUGAAGAAAAUCAAGGACGUUUUAGAGACCUGUGAGCCAUACUGCCGAGAACAGUCGAAGAUCCCUUGAAAUCGGAGAAUCGGGGGGACUGUAUACUUCAACGAGCCGGGCAUCACGACGGCCGAGCGAAUAGCUCUCGAAUGCGACGUCCUUUGGUGACCAUGGGAAUAUCUGGAAUAGAAAAUCAGACAUCCCGGAUGUCCAAACAUAGAGAGUUUAAUUUGUACCAAACACUGUACAGAGCAUUUGAUGCGUGAGUAGGAGAAUAAACUGAUUUUCUCAU